GUCAGACCUAUAUAAAUGACACCAGCUCGAAGACAGUCUAAGUCAAACACAGAUUGUGUCCAUUAUUUGGAAAACAUCAACAGUCACACUACAUACUGUAGUACAGUCACCCUGUUUCCACCGCUGCCAUCAUGACCUCUAGCUUUUCCGUGCGUGCGUCUUCAGUGGGCUGCCAGCCUUCCUUCUCGAGUUUCUCUGUGCGAGAUGGCGGGAAUAGGGGCCGUUCUAAAGCUCCAGUAUCCCUCUCGUCAGCAAGCACGCUAUCGCUCUCCCGAUCUGCUUCUGUGGGUAAUGGCCUGAACAUCUUGAGCAACCUCUCUCUGAAUGGUCUCUCGGUGGGUGCCAGCGAGAAAGAGACCAUGCAGGGUCUGAACGACCGACUGGCCAGUUAUCUCAAUAAGGUGCGCUCGCUGGAGAAGUCCAAUGCUGACCUGGAGCUUAAGAUCAAGCAACUAAUGAUGGAAAAAGCACCUAAAGAUCACAACAUUGAAAGCAUGAUGGUUCAGGCACAUGCUAUUGCUGAAGAGGUAAGGAAGAGGUCUCUGGAGAAUGCACGCAUUAUGCUGGAAAUUGACAAUGCAAAGUUGGCUGCAGAUGACUUCAGGGUCAAAUGGGAGGCAGAGGCAGCUCUGUGUCAGUCAGUGGAGAGGGACUGUGUUGCACUGCGCAGGGCGAAAUCAGACCACGAUCAGAUGAUAACAACCCUCCGAGGAGAUCUGGACAGUUUGAAAGAGGAGCUGUACUUCCUGAAGAAAAACCACAAUGAGGAGUUGAGUGCACUGAAGACACGUUUGGCCAACGAGCAGGUGAAUGUGGAGGUGGACGCAGCUCAGGGACCAGACCUGGGAGCCAUCAUGGCUGAUCUGAGGACCCAGUACGAGGGCAUUGCUCGCAAGAACAAAGAGGACGCCGAGAUAUGGUACUUGAAGAAGCUGGAGACAGUGCAGUCGGAGGUGAAGGAGAGUAACGAGGCCCUGCGGUGUGCUCGGAGCGAGCUCAGUGAGAGACGUCGCUUCCUGCAAGGCUUGGAGGUGGAGCUGGACAGCCUGCGGAAGCAGGUGGGUGUCCUGGAGGUGAACCUGGGUGAGACGAACCAUAAGUACACCCUUGAGAUGGAGCACAUGCAGGGGACACUGGUGCAGCUGGAGGACGAGCUCUCGCAGCUCCGCCUGGACAUGCAGCGCACGAAGACUGAUUACGAACAGCUGCUGCGUGUCAAGCAGAACCUGGAGCUGGAGAUCGCCACCUACAGGAGACUGCUGGAAGGAGAGGAGGUGGUAAAAGAGAUUCCAGCACCUAAAAAAGAACCUGAGGUAAGAACACGGAAGAUUGUGAAGGUGGUCACCCAGACUAUGAUCAAUGGCAAAGUGGUGGACGAGUGCAGUGAGGUGGAGCAGAUUGAGGACCGCAAGAAGUGAGUCAGACACCUCCGUCGCUUCUGCUCCGUCAGUGAUAGUUCGAUUUGUCAGGGGAGAGUAAUCCUAGUGCGGCUCAUUUAAGUGUAGCAGAAAGGCACAAUUAAACAAAUCUCAGGACAAAACCAUUUGCUUUUCCAUAUCAUGUGAUGUUAGAAUUCACUGUUGUGCAGUGCAGUUGAGGCAGAGAGACACCAAGCCUCAGCAGCUCUGUGAGAACAGGCUGAAAAAGCCAGCCCUGACACUAAAGCACAGUGGUUUCAGAUGGCAGCUCCUUUGGGACUUGUGAAGGAAAGACUUUCCUCAUCCCCUCCCUACACCAACGAGUUGUCGAACAAGCUUUUUUGUUUGGUGGCCACAAUAGUGAUUUUACUGAAUAGUGGAUUUAUAACACUAGCUCAAAGUCCUCCCUGUCAGUCAUGCAGGGUGAUAAAAAGGUUACAAAAUUAGUGACCUAAGAUUCUAGUGUGUUUCUGGGUCAACUUAUGUGAUAUGAACAUUUAUAACAUUGCAGUAGUGCCUGUAUGACACAAGAUGCACAGAAAUAAUUUUUAUGAUAUACUUUACAGACUGCAUGGCUGAACAUCAAAAACAGCUAAGCCCUUAAAACAGAGUUUAUCCAUAGUUAAAGUCUCAUGAUUAUCAUGCCGUUUUAGGUCUACAUAGAAAGAAUAACAAUGUACUACUUUCAGCAAAUAUCAUGAGGUUGAAAUACAUAUUUUACUAUUUUAGGAUAUAAAGGGAAAAUUGUAUUAUUUUAGUUUUUAUAAAACCAUAACAAGCAAUCCAAUUUUGGGGUCUAGCAAGAGCAAAAUAUUCCUUACUUACUUAUUUACUUAAUUAAUUAGCAUCUCAGACCAG